GUUGGCGCAUGUGCAGUGUAGGUCAUGUAGUGGGACAAAGACAGUGUUACUGAGUGUGGGAGAGGAAUGACGCCGGCGGCUUAAGGAACAAGAACAGAAACCGCUGGAAAAGUUGAGCAGCCCUGGCUGCAUGUGUCAAGGGAAUCCGAGGAAACGUUACGUGUCCAGUGAUGCUCUUUCAGAACAGAAACAGGUUUCGGAGACGUCGCCAGGCCUGAGCGCCCGGGGAGAGGGGACAAGUAUCUGAAGACUGAAGUUUAAAAAUCAACAGAUGAAGGGCCUAUGCCUGAAUUGUCGAUUCUCCUGCUGUUUGGAUGCUGCCUGACCUGCUGUGCUGUUCCAGAACCGCACUUUUCAACUCCUCUCCAGCAUCUGCAGUCCCCACUUUCACAUCAAUGUCUGACAGUCACUCAAUCCAUCAGGACCUCAACGAUUUUCAACUAUGAUUCUGUGAGAAGGAGCAAAACAUUUUGGUUCCUGUUUCAGACCAUUUUCAGCAUCAGCGGGACUGAAUGAGAGUCUCUACUGUUACAGCACACUGUGUGUAAAGCCUGAAACAGUUAUACGGCCAGGAAAGAGGAAUUUACUGUGGGCAGGGGCCAUACAUGGGGAUGUAGCUGCGGCCAUGGUGAAACCAGAGGAAUCCCACACUGUGGAGAAACCGUGGAAGUGUUGCGACUGCGGGAGAGGCUUCCAUGCCCCAUCUGUCCUGGAGAUUCAUCGGCGAAGUCACACCGGGGAGAGGCCAUUCUCCUGCCCCGAGUGCGGGAAAGGCUUUACCUGCUCCUCCCGCCUGCUGGACCACCGCCGAGUACACACUGGGGUGAAGCCAUUCUCCUGCCCUGAGUGUGGGAAGGGCUUCACCUACUCCUCCCACCUGGUGGCCCACCAGCGCGUCCACGCUGGGGAAAGGCCCUUCCCCUGCUCUGAGUGUGGGAAGGCCUUCAGCAUAUCCUCGGACCUGCUGAAGCACCAACGGGUCCACAGAGGGGAGAGGCCAUUCAGCUGCCCUGAGUGCGGGAAGGCCUUCAGUGAUUCCUCUACCCUGCUGAGGCACCAGUGGGUCCACAUCGGGAAAAGGCCGUUCUCGUGCCCUGAGUGCAGGAAGGGCUUCACCCGCUCUUCCGCUCUGCUGACCCAUCUGCGAGUCCACACGGGUGAGAAGCCCUUUACCUGCCCCGAGUGCAGGAGGGCCUUCAGCAGGUCUUCCCACCUGCUGAGGCACCAGCGAGUCCACACUGGGGAGAGGCCGUACUCCUGCCUUCAGUGCGGAAAGUGCUUUACCCAGCCCUCCAACCUGCUGACCCACCAGCGGAUCCACACCCGCGAGAGACCGUUCUCCUGCCCCGAGUGCGGGAAGGGUUUUGCUGUUUCCUCUAACCUCGUGGCCCACCGGCGGGUCCACACGGGGGAGAGGCCAUUCAGUUGUCCCGAGUGCGGGAAGGCCUUCAGCAAUUCCUCUGCCCUGCUUAGGCACCAGCGUGUCCACACCGGAGAGAAGCCGUUCUCCUGCCCAGAGUGCGGGAAGGGCUUUACCCGCUCCUCCACACUACUGACCCACCAGCGGGUCCACACAGGGGAGAGGCCAUUCAGCUGCCCCGAGUGCAGGAAGGCCUUCAGCGAUUCCUCUGCUCUGCUGAAGCACCAGCGAGUCCACACCGGGGAGAGGCCCUUCAGCUGCCCUGAGUGCGGGAAGAGGUUUACGUUUUCCCGCAAUUUGCGGAAGCACCAACAGGGGCACCAGCGCUCACAACAGUCAGAUUCCACAGCUAACACUGCUGUGAGUUCCCCCCAGGACUGCAAAUUAAAACUGUCGGCGGUGGAGGAGAGAGAGCCGGCGCCCGCGGCUUCUUCGGCGGCGGCCGGAGCCCAGGAGCUCAACAACCCCCCGGAGCUGGAGGAAGGUCCGAGCUCCAAGAAGCGGGGGGUCCGGCUGGAGGCUGGAUUUACUCAAGGCUUGUAUCUAUUAACUUAUUUAAAUGAGCUAAAUUCGGCCUUGGCAAAUAUCCACGAGACGGUUUCCAGUCUGGUAAACAACAGCUCAGCCACCUGUUAUGGCCUUGGCAGCUACGCUGAGAAGAGCCGGCCAUUGUGCUGCCUGACCUUGGCAAAUAUCCACGAGACAAUUCCAGUCUGGGCUUCUGCCCAAACCGUCGAUUCUCUGGCUCCUUGGACGCUGGCUGACCUGCUGCGCUUUUCCACCUUGACACUGGAUUUCCGCACGGUCAACGACGAUAUUGCCGUUUUACCUGAACCACAGGGGCACGUGCCUGAGCCAGUUUGCCCACUGUGGGGAAAGGAAGUCUCAGGAGGCAUUCUGCGCGCCAUGGAGAAACCGUGGAAGUGUGGGGAUUGCGGGAAAGGAUUCCACUAUCCCUCCAUGCUGGAGAUCCACCACCGUGUCCACACCGGGGAGCGGCCCUUCACCUGCUCCGUCUGCGGCAAGGGCUUCACCCAGUCGCCCCACCUGCUGUCCCACCAGCGGGUCCACACCGGGGAGCGGCCGUUCGCUUGCUCCGAGUGCGGGAAGGACUUCAGCGAAUCGUCCAGCCUGCUCAAGCACCAGCGGGUCCACACCGGGGAGCGGCCCUUCACCUGCUCGGUGUGCGGCAAGGGCUUCCCUCACUCGUCCACCCUGCUCAAGCACCGGCAGGUCCACACCGGGGAGCGGCCCUUCACCUGCACCGUCUGCGGCAAGGGCUUCCCUCACUCGUCCAGCCUGCUCAAGCACCAGCAGGUCCACACCGGGGAGCGGCCCUUCACCUGCACCGUCUGCGGCAAGGGCUUCACCCGCUCAUCGCACCUGCUGACCCACCAGCGGGUCCACACCGGGGAGAGGCCGUUCAGCUGCUCCGUCUGUGGCAAGAGCUUCUCUCACUCGUCCAGCCUGCUGCGGCACCAGCAGGUCCGCACCGCGGAGCGGUCCUUCACCUGCUCCGUCUGUGGCAAGAGCUUCUCUCACUCGUCCAGCCUGCUGCGGCACCAGCAGGUCCACACCGCGGAGCGUCCUUUACCUGCUCCGUCUGUGGCAAGAGCUUCUCUCACUCAUCCACCCUGCUGCGGCACCAGCAGGUGCACACCGGCGAGGGCGCCUUCACCUGCUCCGUCUGUGGCAAGGGCUUCCCCCACUCGUCCGGCCUCCAGAUCCACCAGCGGGUCCACACGGGGGAACAUCCUUCCGAUAGACCAGAAGUGCACAUAAUACAGAGGAACUUCGAUUAUCCAGAAUUAGAUGAACCAGCACGGUGGCUCAGUGGUUAGUGCUGCUACCUCACAGUACCAGGGACCCGGGUUUCAUUCCUCCUCAGGCGACAGACUGUGUGGAGUUUGCACAUUCUCCCCGCGUCUGCGUGGGUUUCCUCCUAGUGCUCCGGUUCCGUCCCACAGUCCAAAGAUGUGCAGGUCAGGGUGAAUUGGCCAUGCUAAAUUGCCUGUAGUGUUAGUUACAUUAGUCAGAGGGAAAUGGGUCUGGGUGGGUUACUCUUCGGAGGGUCAGUGUGGACUGGUUGGGCCUGUUUCCACACUGGAAGGGAUCUAAUCGUCAAGCGACUGAAAUACACCCUGCAUGUGUCCUUUGGAUAAUCGAGGUUCCUGUGUAUUCCAAAAGUGGCCUAACCAACGUCCUGUCCAGACCCCAACCCCUAUACUCAGUGCUGUGACCAAUAAAGUGAUCUGCAGAAUCUGCGGGACUUGCUUAAUCCUGGAAGGUAAAUCACGUGUUUCUCCUUCUGUUGCAGGUGGAUCCAAGAUUUCACUCUCUGUCCCAUUGAGUCUCCAGUCAGGUCCUUCAGCUCAACUGGUCUCUCUCAGUAUUUCUGACCCAUGUGAGCCUCUACGCACCUCCCCUUCACUUGCUCACACUUGAUUUCCCUUACAGCAGCAUUCCCUUCAGUUCCUUUCUCCCUGACGUCUGUAACCAGCUUCUCCUUAAAUGCCGUCCACCUCGACCUGCUACUGUGGGGGUCAUUCCCGCUGCAGACAGAGGUCUCUCCUUUGUAACCUCUUCAAAAGAUUUACCGCUGACUUCCCCCUUCAGUCUUUUCCAUUUCUGGGUCUCCCCGCUGUUGCGAAACUUGGAAGGGUUCAGAAAAGAUUGACAAGGAUGUUGCCAGGGUUGGAGGAUCUGAGCUACAGGGAGAGGCUGAACAGGCUGGGGCUGUUUCCCCUGGAGCGUCGGAGGCUGAGGGAUGACCUUAUAGAGGUUUACAAAAUUAUGAGGGGCAUGGAUAGGAUAAAUAGGCAAGGUCUUUUCCCUGGGGUUGGGGAAUCCAGAACUAGAGGGCAUAGGUUUAGGGUGAGAGGGGAAGAUAUAAAAGAGACCUACAGGGCAACUUUUUCAUACAGAAGGUGGUGUGUGUACGGAAUGAGCUGCCAGAGGAUGUGGUGGAGGCUGGUACAAUUGCAACAUUUAAGAGGCAUUUGGAUGGGUAUAUGAAUAGGAAGGGUUUGGAGGGAUAUGGGCCGGGUGCUGGCAGGUGGGACUAGUUUGGGUUGGGAUAUUUGGUCGGUAUGGACGGGUUAGACCGAAGGGUCUGUAUCCAUGCUGUACGUCUCUUGACAAAGCCUUGUCUGAGGGUGAAAUGUUGUCAUUCCCGUUGAUGCGGGUGGUCCCCUGUCUGUCGUCCUUUUUGUUUCCUUUCUCGGAAAGGACGUCGCGGACAUGGACAGCGUUCCCGAGCCCCGCUCCGGAACGGGCUGUUCCGUCCUCUUCCAGGCCCCGGGGUGGGGGGAAGGGGCAGCUUGAGUGCAGUGGGAGAGUGGGCCGUUCACCGGGAGGGUGCCAAUGGGACGGGAGAGCGGUACCGGUAAUGGGGUGAGGGGGAGAUGCCUCAGACCGCCAGAAACACUGGGGCAGCUGCUCGCGUGCUCCUUUUGGAUCUCACAGCACAGGGAGGCCAUUCAUCUGAUUACCUCUCUGCCUCUGCGUCUGUCUGUCUCUCUGAGGUGACAGCGGAUUCCAGCAUAUUGCUGCUUGCUGGGUAAACCUGUUUUUCCUCUGUUUUCCCCCUCUCUCUCCUGCUCAAACCCCUGAACUUCAGGCCGCCCCUGACCUUGUCACUAUCAGUGAAUAGGGAACAGCUUUUCUUCCUCCACCUUAUCUGAACCUAUCACAAUCUUCCCCACUUUCACCAGUUGUAUCUGUGUGUGACCCUCUCUUUCUGUGUCUCUUUCUCUCCUAAGCCCCCUCCCUCACCACAUCCCAUUUACCCACCCCCUCCUGUCAUGCUCCCACUUUCAAACGGUCUCGUUGUGUUUUCACUGCCUCUUCCCCAUCGUUUCCGUCAAGCACCUCAUCUCACGCUUAGAACCCCUGCAGUGUAGGAGCAGGCCCUUCAGCCCAUCCAACCCUCCCUCACCCAGACCUCUGCCUGUAACCCUGCAAUUCCCAUUGGCUAACCCACCUAGCCUACACAUCCCUGGGCACUAUGGGUAAUUUAGCACGGCCAGUCCACCCAAACCUGCACAUCCCUGGAUACUAUAGGACAAUUUAGCCUGGCCAAUCCUACACUAAGGGUGGAUUGGCCAUGCUAAAUUACCCAUAGUACCCAGGGAUGUGUAGGUUAGGGUCGAUUGGCCAUGCUAAAUUACCCAAUCCUACACAUCCCUGGGUACUGUUAGGAUAAAAUAAGUCAAGGGAGGGUGGAGCUAUAGCUGCUGUUUGGGGAAUCGAAACUGUUGCUUACGUGGCCAGCUCAGCUGCCAACGCCCAAAUGAGCUCAAUAACAGGAAACGCCUCGCAAACGCGAAAUGUCCUAAUAAGACAAUGCUUAGUAGCUCCGCGAAGCUCUGCUUAGCAAAGAGUAUAUCAGGAGCAGAUUUGGGAGGGGAAGGCAGAACGUGCCUUCUCCAGUGAAUGCAUGGUGAUUCACUGUAUCAACUACGAUUCUGCAAUAAAGCCUGCUUGUGCCAAACAA